AUGGAGAGCCUGAAAGGAAACCACACAAGAGUCACUGAGUUCCUGCUAGCAGCCAUUUCUCCAACAUGGCAGUCCCAAGCCAUCCUCUUUGUCAUUUUCCUCCUGGUCUAUGCAGCCACCCUAGUUGGAAACACCCUCAUCAUGGUAACGGUGGGAUCUGACCCACGACUACGCACACCCAUGUACUUUCUGUUGGGAAAUCUCUCCUUCCUAGACCUCUGCUACUCUACAGUCACUGCCCCCAAAAUGUUGGUGGACUUCCUGGCUGAGAAGAGGAGCAUCUCCUUUGAAGCUUGCAUGGCCCAGCUCUUUUUCCUCCAUUUUGUGGGUGCUGCUGAGAUGUUCCUCCUCACUGUCAUGGCAUACGACAGGUAUGUGGCCAUUUGCAAGCCUCUGCACUACCCCAGUAUCAUGAACAGGCAGCUCUGUAGCUGGUUAGUGGCAGCUUCUUGGACUGGGGGCUUCAUCCACUCCACGGUCCAGACCAUCCUCACCAUGAGGCUACCAUUUUGUGGGCCCAAUCAGGUGGACAACUUCUUCUGUGAUGUCCCACCGGUCAUCAAGUUGGCCUGCACAGACAUCUAUGUCAUUGAGCUGCUCAUGGUGUCCAACAGUGGUCUCAUCUCCACCAGCUGCUUCAUCAUCUUGGUGACCUCCUACGCCACCAUUCUGGUGAAGAUCCGCUCCCCUGAGGGGCGGCGCAAAGCCCUCAAUGUCUGUGCCUCCCACCUCACUGUGGUAACCUUGUUCUUUGGACCCUGCAUCUUCAUCUAUGCCCGGCCUUUCUCCACCUUCUCAGUAGACAAGCUGGUCUCUGUCCUGUACAAUAUCAUCACCCCCAUGCUGAAUCCUUUGAUCUACACAUUGAGGAACAAAGAUGUGAAGUCGGCCAUGGGGAAGCUGAGAAGCAAGGAUGUAAUUUCAGAUGGGAAGAUGGCAAUGUGA